AUGGAUCUGGGAAAAGCAAAGCUUCUGCGGACAGGCCUGAACACCCUGCACCAGGCAAUCCACCCGGUGCAUGGAAUAGCAUGGACAGACGGAAAGCAGGUGUGCCUCACUUCCUUGUACUUUGCCAAAGGAGACCUGCAGUUCGGCGACACUAAUGUCAUCGGGCAGUUCGAGCACGUGCUGGGACUGUACUGGGGUCCCCUCUGCUGCUCAGGGUCCCCUGCACUGCUGGCGGUGCAGCACAAGAAGCGUGUGACGGUGUGGCAGCUGCAGCUCAGCUCGCUGGAGCAGAACAAGCUGCUGUGCACGCAGACGUGCGAGGUGAGCGAGCCGUUCCCCCUGCUCUCCCAGGGCUGCAUCUGGCACCCCAGGUCAGACAUCCUGGCUAUCCUCACCAAGCGCGAUGCCUCAGUCCUCUUCUCGGUGCGCGUGGACAACCGCAGGGUGCGGGCGGAGAUCAAGGGGAGCGGCAUGAUCCAAUGCGCCUGCUGGACGAGGGAUGGCAGGCGCCUGGUGCUGGCCAUCGGCACCACCCUCCACUCCUACAUCUGGAAUGACAUCCAGAGGAUGCUGACGGCCUGCACCUUCUGUCCCAUGUUCGAUGUGGGUGGCUACAUCUGCGCCAUGGAUUCUACCGACGAGGCUCAGGUUGCUGUGGCAACCGAGCUGCCGCUUGACAGAACCAAUGCAAGCAUAGUGUGCGACAUCUCCUCUGACUCUGAGCCCCUACCCUCCCAGUUGCCAGUGCCAAUGCUGGAGGACGACUGGAGUCUGGACUCACGGAGGAGAUCCUUUGACUCUGAAAGGUCAUUGGGUUGCGGCUCUGUCUCCACACCUCCAUACGGGACAGGGGACAUGGUGCACAUCCUGGCCAAGCAUAGAAGGUCUGACCCCAGCCCCCUUUUCCACCUGAAGAGCCGGGACCACUUAGCAGGAUCUGAUCAAGACUCCUCUCACCUGGUUAUGGUGACAUAUGAGAGGAAAGUGACCAUAGUCAGGAAAGUCAGCAUCCCUGGCAUUCUGGUCCCGGAUAUCAUGGCAUUCAAUGCGAGUGGACGCAUUGUGGCAGUGGCCUCCAACUCCUGCAACAUGGUGCUGGUGUAUGGCAUCAUGACAGCUGCUAUGCCUAACAUGCAGCAGAUCCAGCUGCAGAACAAUGAGAGGCCCAAGGGGGUGUGCUUCCUGAAUGACUGUUCGCUGCUCCUCAUGGUGGGGAAGCAGAAGUCCGGUGAUCCCGCCUUCCUCCCAUCGUGCAGCAACACAGAAAAAUAUGCCAUUAGGCUUGUGACUAAAGAACUCAUUUACAAUGAGGAAGUGUGUCCAUUGGCGGCAAAAUGCGUGGAUUCAGAUGUUAAUUCACGCAGCAUUAGAAGGAACUCCUCCAGAGAAGAACCUCCUGGAAUAAAGGAACAUGCAUCCCUCGCAUCGUCGGCUACCCAGUCACCAAAUACCAGGAGGAAGCAGAGUGCAGAGAUGAAGAAUGGCAGCUCGGAAAGGAGAAGUUCCCACAACUCUCAACGCGGGAGCUCAAAGUCACCAAUCACCAUUGAGAACUAUGACACGGAUCACAUCAAGCAGAUGGCAAGCCUGGUGGCAGCUGGCCAGGUGGGCAAGGAGGCCGGCAGGGCUGGGUCACCCCGGUUGGAGGCGCUAGACAGGCUGCACCUAGAACCCACCCUGCCAAGGGACAGCUGCCUACAAAAAGAGAGGGCUCUGGAUGAACUGUCCCAGAGUAUCGAGAGACUUUUCGCCAGGUUCACAGAGCUGCAGCAGUGUCUGUUGGAAAUUACAGACUUCACCCGCAAUGGGAGGAAGUUCACAGGGAACUACCCUUCACCCCAGGACCCUCCCUGUGUAAAUAUAACAUGUCAGAAGCAGCUCUCUGAGAAUGUGUUCAUCGACGAGAGGCGACCUGUCCUUCUCUGUGAGAACAAGCUCCGUCUGGGCGUGGUCCGAGACCUCUUCAGCCUCUCUGUCGUGGAGAUGAUGCAUGGACCGCUUUGGAUUGUUCUUGCUGAGGAUGCAGAAGGAUUUGUGCCACUGACUUUCAAACCCGACAGCGAGCUCACUGUGCGGAAUGGGAAGAGAAAAAUGCCAGAGACUUUCCCCCGUGAGGCAGAAGUGCCAAGUCCAGCUCAGCCUGAUUCCCAAAGCGCGGAUACCUGAGGCCCACGGGCCUGGCUCAGGA